AUGAUGUACGAGCAGCAGCAACAAAUGAGGUUGGACAUGAGGAAGAGACAUGAUCAUGGUAGAAGAUCAAACCUCAUAGAAGAAGAAGAAGAAAAACUUGAAAUUGUUGAUCUAAGUGGGAUGUCUUUGGAGGUUCUUCCAAAUCCUCCUCUAAGUUUAGGAACCAUUUGCAAAUUAGAUCUCUCCAACAACAAUCUUCAGAGUAUUCCAGAGUCCUUGACAGCGAGACUCUUGAAUGUGGUCGUGCUGGAUGUGCACUCGAAUCAGCUCAAAUCCCUACCAAAUUCAAUUGGAUGUUUGUCAAAGCUUAAGGUUUUGAAUGUAUCGGGCAAUCUUCUCCAAGCGCUUCCUCGGACCAUCGAGAAUUGUAGAUCGCUGGAAGAGCUGAAUGCAAACUUCAACAAGCUAAGCCAACUCCCAGACACUAUAGGAUUUGAGCUUCUCAACCUCAAAAAACUUUCUGUCAAUUCAAACAAGCUCGUAUUCCUCCCUCAUUCUACCUCCCACUUAACCAAUCUAAGAGUUUUGGAUGCGCGUCUUAAUUGCCUUCGUUCCCUUCCAGACGAUCUCGAAAACCUAAUCAACCUACAAGUCCUCAACAUCAGCCAAAAUUUUCAGUACUUGGCAACCCUUCCAUACUCCAUAGGCCUCCUCAUUUCUCUAGUCGAAUUGGACGUAAGCUACAACAAAAUCACAACAUUGCCCGAGUCCAUCGGUUGCCUCAAGAAGCUUCAGAAGCUCAGUGUCGAAGGAAAUCCACUCGUGUCACCUCCAAUGGACGUUUUCGAGCAGGGAUUGCUGAUGGUGAAAGAGUACUUGUGUGACAAAAUGAAUGGAUCUCAUAAGAACUCCCCCAAGAAAAAAUCAUGGUUUAAAAAGUUGGCAAAAUGUAGUACUUUCAGUGGUGAAAACAUACCCCUUGAUGAUAGAGAAGGGGACAUAAUGCAGAAUUAUAGGUCCAUUGAAGGCCUGGCAUCACCUAGAUAUAUGGCAAUGUUUUCUCCAAAAAGGCUAUUCUCACCAAAAUCCUACUUUUCUAGAUGA